GCCACUCACGCCGACUCGUGACUCGAUUCGGCGAUUCGGCACUGUCUCCGGCGCCCGGACGGCGCACGGUGCCAGCCCGCCGUGAUGCCAACCUUCGCUUGAGGACUGGCGUCAUGACGACAGUCACCGACCCGGCGCUGGCGGCGAUUUUGCAGCGCCGGCGGCUGCUGAGUGAACCGCAGCUCCAGGCAACGUCUUGGAGCGAGCACGAUGAUGCAGCCUUUUGCAAGGCCUCGGUGGUUCGGCCGGGCAUCGUCCAGGAGGCACUGGCAGCCAUCAAGGAGCGGGCGCCGCUUCCGAAGCCGGAGUCAACAGUGCAGUGCUUUGCCAUGGACACCGACUCGGAAUCCGAGGGCUCGGACGGCUCCGCCGAGGAGAUCUGCACUGCGCCGGUGCAGAGUUCGGGCUCCACGUGGGCCGGCGACGAGGAGCCGGGCUCAAGCUCCGAGCGCGAGAGGUCCGCAAGUCGACAGGCGGAGCUCAGGGCGGCCCAGCUGCUGAAGCCGCUCACGUGGCACAGCACUGCUGCGCAGCUGCGGGCGGCAGCUCAACAUCAGCUGGACUUGCCCGACCUGACGCUGCUCUGCCGCCACGGCGAUGGCUUCACCCCCCUGCGCGACGGCGAGACGCUGGGCGCCGUCUUCGGCGCAGUGGAGGAGCUUGUGCUCCACCCUGGGCGCUUGCUGUUGGUGGAUCAUGAAGCAUCAAAUCGGUGCUCCGCGCACGGCGCUCGGCACGGAUCCUCUCGGCCGGGACUCUCCGAGCUGGAAGAAGAGAACGCUCAGCUGCGGGCGCAGCUGAGAGCUAUGGAGCAACGCCUGGCAGAGGCCGAAAGUCGUCCCAAGGUGGUCAGCGACAUGAGGGAGGUGGUACUAGACGUCACCGACUCGAGUGCCGCGGGGCCUGAGGCGGAGGUGAGAAGCGAGCCUGGAGAGCCGAUUUGCGUUGCUGCGGAUGCAACUGGCGAGGCUGAGGACCAAAGCGCUCAGCCAACAGGACCAAAUGCUCAGGUCGCAAAGCCCGACCAAGACGAGGCAGCGUCGCUUCUCUCGUGGUUUGAGACCUUGGUGCUGGCAGAAGCGGAGGCAACUGCGCCGGAACCCUGGCAGCCGCCUGAAGAGAAGCCGGAGGCUAUCCAGCGGACGGCUUCAGAGAAGCCACUGCCGGGAGAAGUGGACACUUGCACCACAGAGCCACACGAGCCGAAGCUGAGCCCAGAGCCCACGCUGAGCCCAGAGCUGCAGCCGAGCCCAGAGCUGCCGAGCCCAGAAUCGAAGCCUAGCGCGAAGCCGAGCCCAGAGCUGAAGCCAAGCCCAAAGCUGCCGAGCCCAGAAGUGAAGCCUAGCCCAGAGCCCAAGCUCAUCCCAGAGGCAAAGCUGAGCCCAGAGCUGCAGCCGAGCCCAGAGCUGAAGCCGAGUUCAGGGCUGAGCCCAGAAGCGAAGCCUAGCCCAGAGCCCAAGCUCAUCCCAGAGGCAAAGCUGAGCCCAGAGCUGCAGCCGAGCCCAGAGGCGAAGCUGAGCCCAGAGCUGAAGCCGAGCCCAGGGCUGCCGAGCCCAGAAGCGAAGCCUAGCCCAGAGCCCAAGCUCAUCCCAGAGGCAAAUCUGAGCCCAGAGCUGAAGCAGAGCUCAGAGGCGAAGCCGAGCCCAGAGCUGAAGCCGAGCCCAAAGCUGCCGAGCCCAGAAGCGAAGCCUAGCCCAGAGCCCAAGCUCAUCCCAGAGGCAAAGCCGAGCCCAGAGAUGCCAAGCCCAGAGGCGAAGCUGAGCCCAGAGCUGAAGCCGAGCCCAGAGGCGAAACUGAGCCCAGAGCCGAAGCCAAGCCCAGACCCAAAGCAGAUCAAAGUGAAAGCAGCAGAAGCCGCACUGACAGCGCAGGAGCCGACAAAGAAAGAGGCUGCGCUGCCGGCUGCGCCAGUCCGCAAAGGUGCCCCGCUCUGCGUGUCGCUGCUGUCCAUGCAGUCGCCUGACCAACCCGCGAUGAAGGUGAACAUGACUUCCAAGGCGACCAUCGCGGAUUUGCGGGCGGAGGUGAUGCGAACCUUCGACAUGGAUGAUCGCAUGGCGCGGCGCUUGCGGUUCCUCCGGAAGCGCAACAGUUGCUACGUCUCCUUUAAGGAGACCGAAUUCGUGCGCGAGAAGAUCUUUCUGCACGACCCCGACAUUCGAGCCUUGUCCGGGCUGAAACUUCGAAGCCUCCCGCAUGCUGGCGGCAGCAGUCCAGCCGAGCUGGUGGGGGAGCACAGCCUGCCCGCAGGCGUGGAUGGUGUCAUGCAGGACUUCAUUUUGCGCACCUUCUCUCGGAUGAGCGAGGAAGAGCUGAGCGCCUGGAAUGCCUUGCCGAAGUUUGUGAUUUGGACCAUUUGGUUCGACAUCAUGUCCAGCCCCUUGUUCCGGCAAUGCCUGGAGACCAGCUCCAGGGAUAGUAUUUUCGGGUCCAACUUUGAGCGGAAGGCUUCGAUCCGGAUGGCCAAGGAGGAUGGGGUGCUCCGGGAGUAUGCUUUUCACAAGCGGCAGCUGAUCUCCGUUUGGUUCCACGACGAAGUCGAGGACGCGGCUGGCAAUUCGGUCAAAGAGCCGCCGAGCGAUGUUCCGGAGGCUCUGCCCGCGGGAACCCCGGCGGCGGAAGCGAAGGCUAAGGUGCUGGACGACGGGGGGCUCUUUGACUUUGAUGAGCUCGAAGAGGCCGAGCUGCUGCGAUGAGGUCGUGGCGUGAGGCGUGGGAGGUACACGUGCGCAAUGGUCGAAAUGCAUACU